UGACAUCAAACAAAAAAAAAGUUGUAGCCUCGCAGACUGGAACUCUUGCCUGCCCACUGCCCUCCACUUUCACUGUUCAUCACUGCCACUGGAGGUGCCAUAAUCGACACUCCGCCUUCCAUUUUCCUAUCGCCGCUUCUCUUUUUCUCCUUCGGUCUUCUUGUUUUGUUUUGUACCCAAACAAGAUAAAAAGGCCUGCUGCCCUCGGUCGGUACUACAAUGGCCAGCCACGACGACAAAGGCGUCAAGAGAUCCAACAUGGAGGACAACGGCCAGGACUCGAAGCGCAUCAAGCGCGCCGAGAAUGGCGAUGCUGCCCCCGAAAAGUACAACCCCUACCUCGCCCAUCUCAACGAGGACGGUAACGGCAACGGCAGCAAUGGCGACUUCGAAUCGCCCCUCGACUCCUUCGAGAGACACAGCACCACCGCCGUCCAGGCCGCCCAGGCUGAGGACUCGGACCUCAACCCGUGGACCGGCCAGCCGCACUCGCAGAGAUACUUCGACAUCCUCAAAGUGAGGCGCGACCUCCCCGUCCACAAGCAGCGCCAGGAGUUCCUCGACAUGUACCACAACACCCAGAUCCUCGUCUUCGUCGGUGAGACGGGUUCCGGAAAGACCACCCAGAUCCCCCAAUACGUCCUCUACGACGAGCUCCCCCACACGAACGGCAAGCUCAUCGCCUGUACCCAGCCCCGAAGAGUGGCGGCCAUGUCGGUCGCCCAGCGUGUCGCGAACGAGUUGGAUGUCGAGCUGGGCCAGGAAGUCGGUUACAGCAUCCGUUUCGAGAACAGGACCGGCCCCAAGACCAUGCUCAAGUACAUGACCGAUGGUCAGCUCCUGCGCGAGUCCAUGCACGACCACGACAUGUCCCGCUACAGCUGCAUCAUUCUCGAUGAAGCCCACGAACGUACCCUCGCGACCGAUAUCCUCAUGGCCCUGCUCAAGCAGAUCGCCGCCCGCCGCAAAGACCUCAAGAUCAUUGUCAUGUCUGCCACCCUCGAUGCCCAAAAGUUCCAGUCCUACUUCUACAACGCCCCAUUGCUCGCCGUCCCCGGUCGUACCUUCCCCGUCGAGAUCUUCUAUACCCCCGAGCCCGAGCGUGACUACCUCGAGGCCGCCGUGCGGACGGUGCUGCAGAUUCACGCCACUGAGCCCGAGGGAGACAUCCUGCUCUUCCUUACUGGUGAGGAGGAGAUUGAGGAUGCUUGCCGGAGAAUCAGCUUGGAGGUGGACGACAUGAUUCGCGAGUCGGAUGCUGGCCCCAUGAAGGUCUACCCUCUCUAUGGUACUCUCCCUCCUGCGCACCAACAGCGCAUUUUCGAAAAGGCCCCCGAGCCCCUGCGCAAGGGUGGCAGGCCUGGUCGCAAGGUCAUUGUCUCGACCAACAUUGCCGAAACGUCCUUGACAAUCGAUGGUAUCGUCUACGUCGUCGACCCCGGUUUCAGCAAGCAAAAGAUUUACAACCCUCGCUCUCGUGUCGAGUCCCUGUUGGUUUCUCCUAUUUCGAAGGCCUCUGCUCAGCAAAGAGCUGGUCGUGCCGGUCGUACACGGCCCGGUAAAUGCUUCCGUCUUUACACCGAGAAGGCUUUCAAGAAGGAGCUUAUUGAGCAAACCUACCCUGAAAUUCUCCGGUCCAAUCUGGCCAACACUGUUUUGGAGUUGAAGAAGCUUGGUGUUGAGGAUUUGGUACAUUUCGAUCUCAUGGACCCUCCUGCGCCCGAGACCAUGAUGCGCGCCCUGGAGGAGCUCAACUACCUCGCCUGCUUGGACGACGAUGGUGAGCUUACGCGCCUUGGUGGUAUGGCCUCCGAGUUCCCGCUCGACCCGGCCCUCGCCGUCAUGCUUAUUUCGUCGCCCGAGUUCUACUGCUCCAACGAGAUCCUUUCCAUCGUGUCCCUCCUCUCGGUCCCCUCGAUAUGGGUGCGCCCCAACAACGCGCGCAAGCGGGCCGACGAGAUGAAGAUGCAGUUCGCCCACCCCGACGGCGACCACCUGACGCUGCUCAACGCCUAUCACGCCUACAAGGGCGCCGAGACCAACGGCGAGGACAUGAAGCGCUGGUGCCACGAGCACUUCCUCUCGCACCGCCACCUGUCGAGCGCCGACAACGUCCGGGCCCAGCUCAAGCGCAUUAUGGAGACGCACGACAUCGACCUGGUCAGCACGCCGUUCCAGGACAAGAACUACUACACCAACAUCCGCCGCGCCCUGCUGGCCGGCUUCUUCAUGCAGGUGGCCAUGCGCGAGAGCAGCAACAGCAAGGUGUACAAGACGGUCAAGGACGACCAGCUCGUCAUGAUCCACCCGAGCACAUCGGUGACGAGCCCGUACGACUGGGUCGUCUACAACGAGUUCGUUCUUACGACUAAGCAGUACGUCAGGACGGUGACCAACAUCCGUCCUGAGUGGCUUCUUGAAAUCGCCCCCGUCUACUACGACCUCGAUACCUUUGAGAAAGGCGAGAUCAAGUCGGCCCUCACUCGUAUCACCGAUAAGGUCAAGAGGAGGCAAGCCAUCAAGGGCAGCGGUAGCGCGCGUUAGUGGCGUUCUAGAGACAGGAAGAGGAAGAAGAAGUCUUCUUCUUCAUCUUUUGCUGCUGCUACUACUACGGUGAGUGGCG